AUAGACAGCUAUACACCUGUCACAGAUGGCGCGCCUAAUAUGCCACCACGCAUAAGAGCCACUAGCUGGGCAAAAUUGGCUAGGUUAUGGAAAAGGGCAAAAGCCCAACUAGACUCUGAAUCGGAUCUCAGCGAGAUUGAAGAGGAGACCUGUAUGGAUCCGGAAAAUCCAUCAGAUACCGAAUCAGAUAACCUGGCCGAGGACGAUGAUCCCCGAGAGCAUAAUACGCCUCAAUCUGACUCGUGUGACAUGGAGCUUAAG